CCAGCUGUGUGGGUGAUGAUGUUCGUCAUGUGCCUGUCUGUGGUAGCUGUGACGUUCAUAUUCGAGUUCUUCAGCCCUGUUGGAUUUAUAACGAAUGAAGCCUACAGAGCGGGAAGAGUACAGGCAGGAGCGUUCAAAGUUCACCAUAGGGAGUCUAUUUGGCUGCUGUGCUUGGUGUUUAAUAACUCUGUUCCGGUGGAAAACCCGAGAGGCACAAGUAAGAUAAUGGUGCUGGUCUGGGCUUUCUUUGCUGUCAUCUUCCUGGCCAGCUACACCGCUAACCUGUCUGCUUUCAUGAUUCAAGAAGAGUACAUCGACACUGUGUCUGGGCUCAGUGAUAAGAAGUUUCAGCAGCCCACAGAGCAGUAUCCUCCUUUACGCUUCGGCACUGUCCCAAACGGAAGUACGGAGGAGAAUAUACGGAGCAAUUACCCCAACAUGCAUCAGUAUAUGGUGCGGAACAAUCAGAGAGGAGUGGAAGAGGCCAUUGACAACCUUAAGACAGGGAAACUGGAUGCAUUCAUAUAUGAUGCGGCUGUCCUGAACUACAUGGCUCGUAAGGAUGAGGGCUGCAAAGUAAUGACCAUCGGCUCUGGCAAAGUGUUCGCUACAACAGGUUAUGGCAUUGCCUUACACAAAAACUCCCGCUGGAAGCGGCCGCUAGACCUCGCCCUCCUGCAGCUAGUUGGAGAUGAUGAGAUUGACAUGCUUGAACGACUCUGGCUGUCUGGGAUCUGUCAUAAUGAUAAGAUUGAGGUCAUGAGUUCCAAACUGGACAUAGACAAUAUGGCAGGAGUCUUCUAUAUGCUUCUGGUUGCCAUGGGCCUAAGUCUGCUGGUGUUUGCAUGGGAGCAUCUCAUCUAUUGGAAGCUCCGCCACUGUUUGGGCCACUCUGGAGGACUGGAUUUCCUGCUGGCUUUCAGUCGGGGAAUGUACAGCUGCUGCAAUUUUGAGGAUGAAACAGCUCCUGGAGGUUCCCAAAGCACACUUCCUCAAUAUCAUCAUGUCUCCACAGUUCCUCCUCCUCCACCGCCUCAUGUGAUCUCUACAGCCGUGGCAAAUCCCCCCAUCGCUAUGGCACAACAACAACAGCAGCAGCAACAACAGAAGCAACACCACCAACAGCCACCGGUAUACAGUGCUCUUUUUCCUGGAUCCCCUCCUUCAGUUGGACAUUCUGGAAUGGCUCUAGGCCCAUCAAACAGUCCCAUUCUUGGAGCACCCAUGCCUUGCUCUACAUUCCUACCACGGCAUGAUCGUCGAUUUGCUGUGGUGGAUCGGUGGACACGUCCAAAGGUUGGUCCUGAGAAGCUUGGCGGUGUGAGCAGUGGGAUAACAGACUUAACACAAUUCCAAGGCAUGCCCCCUCACUGGGGUGCAGAAAUAAGUGGAGGAGAGGGGGGUCUGGAUGAGUACAAGAGAUACUAUGGGCCAAUUGAUCCAGAAGGCUUAGGGGUCUCUGCUGAACCUCAAAACAUAGUCACCCAAACUCCAAAAACGAAGCAUCGAGGGACGAAAUCUUCUGGUAACCCACGGUUACCUCCUAAAGUUCAAGCCUCUGGACACUUACCAAUUAACCAUGCUUUGCCACAUCCUUCUCCACCUCAGCAAUCUAUCUGGAGGAGAAGCAGCUUCUCAAAAAGGAAGGGCUCUGGUGGGCCACUCUACGAAAACAUCCUUCCACUCGGAAGGAGAGGUGGUGGCAGAUAUGGAAUGAGGGAUGGCGGUGGGAGAAGAGGACGUCGUCCUCCUCCCCUUCCUUUACCUAUACCUGUGCCCCUCUCUUCCCCAACACAGACUCCGCCCACACCUUCUCCAUCUAUAUGCUACACAUCCACUUCAUCCAGCAGCUCCAGCACCUCCAGUUCAUCCUCUUCUUCAGAAUCAGUCUCCCGAUCCAAUUCUCCUUCAUCUUCAUCAUCGUACACAUCAUCCCAGAGCUUUAGAUACAGAGCAGAUGCACGAGAUGUGUAUGACUACGACACAGAUGAGCUUACGGAGGAAUCAAGCUUGCUUUUGGGGAGGAGAAAAAGUCGUUCACGUAUGUCCUCUCGUUCCCUGCCCAGCAGUCCUCCUCCACCACCUAUACCACCCCGCAAACCUUGCGGACAGAGGGCGGAGGUGAGAGACAGAGCAGGCAGCCAGAUUGCACAGCUUCAAGAGUGGUGGGCCUCUUGGGGAGAGAAAGAAAAGAGUAGAAGAGCAGCUGGAGAUAGAGAUGUUAAGGAGGAGAAACGACAUCAUAAAGAAAGGGAAAGAGAGAGAAAGAGGAGGAAGAAGGGUAGAAAGAAAAAGAAGAGAGAAGAGCGUGAAAGAGAAAGGGAGCGUAAAAGACGUAAGGUGAAAAAGAAAAAGAAAAAAGAGCAGAAAUCAAGAAGAAGAGAGAGGGAAAAACGAUCUGAACAAGAGGAGGUAGAUAUGGACAGGAAAGAUGUCUCUGAAAAAGGUAUAGGACAGGAAUACUCUUCUUAUCCUGCUCUGAGGCGAAGCUCUUUCCGAAAAAAGAGUGAAAGCUCUACUAGGAGUUAUGAGUGGGAUAAUAUCAGAGAUGGAGUUAAGAGAGAGAGGGAUGAUCAAGGUGGAGAAGAUGAAGAAGGCAGUAGAGUAAAGGAAAGGCAUCAGAGAAGCCCAAAAUCACAACGCCACUCCAGGCCAAGGUCCAACAACAAGCAUUUUUCUAGCUCAAACAAACCUUCUUCAACCGUCAAAUUUUGGAGUAGUGGGAACCCAACUUCUGAUUCGCCAUCGUCUUUUGUACCCUUGCUUCCCAUAUCUAAAAGACGAAAGUCUGUAGGAGCUGAAAGGGACGAGCGAGGAAGAGGUGGAGAGAGUCGGCCCCUUUUGGGAAAAAACAAGAGAGUUAAGCCUUGCUCAAGAGAAGGCCUGUCAUUUCACGAAUGGGAUUCAGAGGAAGAAGAAGAUGAGGAGUCUGAAGUGGAAAGAAGCAGGCCAGAAGAACAGGGGCGACGACGAGAAAGCAGAGGAAUGGACUCUGAAUCCGAAAGGGACAGAGAAAAAACUGUUGAGAUAUACACAGACGAUGAGGGUUCAUCGGGAGAGUUUGGUAAGUUCGAGCGAUAUUGGGAGGGUCACGAAGGAAGGGCAGUUGGAGGCAUUGGAGGAGGAGGAUGGUUCUUUGGCACCUAUCCUGCCAGAGAAAGAGGAGGCAGUAUAAACAGUAGAGAUGACUCCUUUUUGGGGUGGGGUGGUGGAGAAAGUGUCCUGGGUUUCGGAGCGGGAACAGGGUGGGGAUCAGGAGGCUUAGGUUCAAACAAGUGGCCUCCAACUCCAUUGACUCCGCCACCACCUCGAAAAUACUGGUCUGUUGAUAAAUUACCAGUGAAGACUGAAAAGAAAUCUAAAAGCAGGUCUCAAGAGAAGAGCCACGCCCACACAUCCUGUUCCUGCCAGUCACCCCAUCACUCUGCCAGCACUCACUCCAAAUGGAAUAGGGUGACUUCUAGGAGUCAGGAGGAGCUCCUCCCCCACUGCCACAGUUUCAGCAGCAGCGUAAGACCCAAACGGCAAUCAUCCAAACCGGAUCGGGCUCAGAGCCAGACAAAAUCUGGAAGCCAAUCCAAUCUCAAUGCACAAAGACCACAGCGCUCAGACCGGUCCCGACAACCACCAUCCCCUCCUCAAAGUCUACCGCCAUCUUUACCCCCACCAAUGGUCCCUGCACUCCCAGCCCCGCCCUCUUCCUCUCACCAUAUACAUAUACCUCCACCUACCUCCUCUUCAUCAGUUUCCUCCCCUUCGGUUGUCUCAUCUACUCCUGGUGCCCCACAGCCCUCCUCUUUGUCCUCCUCUAGUGCUAAGCUCCAGUACCAGAAACUGCGAUCAGUUCCCCAACCCCAACGGUAUCAAUCCCCACAUCUUCCCCUCAAAACCAAGAGCCUGUGCUCUCGUCGAGGCUCUGCCCACUUCUCCAGUGUGGAGAGUGAGGUCUGAGGAACAUAAUUAAAUGAGAAACAUCAGCAAGUAGCCCCUAGGGGCGAUCAAAUCACCUGCUCAUGCCACAAACUGUUAACUGUUCAUAGCAGUCGAGUUGGGUUGUUUUCGCUGGCACCCGUCUCUUGCACAAAGCUCUAAUGCUCAGAGACAAACCUGGAUUGGGAUGUCACAUAAAUUGUAGCCCUUUCACUUUACUUGUGUAAGAAUGGAAUACUGCCAUGCUGACAAAUCUUGUUGUUAGUGAGGCUGUUUGUAUAGGAUUAGCUUUGCUUUUCUUACUUCUUGGGGGCUUUAAGGUUGAGUGUCAAUAAUGUGGGUAAAUGUGAUUUUUCUUGGAGUGUUUUGCUGCUCGAUGGCUCAAGAACGAUUUUUUGAAGGGAGAUUGUGAGGUCAAAAUACAAAGCCCUAACGCCCCACACCCAUAUCUUUUUUUUUUUCUCUCCUGCUCUCAGCUCUGAAUCACAAUGUAAUUGUUGUGUAUAUUUGUUCAAAAUAUCUCAAGGGAAGCAUUCACAAAGGAAAGUAGCAAACCAUUUUUCUUGACCUCCACCUUCCGCAAACUGACAUCUAGCAUUCUGUGUUGUGUUCAGUGUUUGUAUUCCUAGCAACAGGGUAAGUUAGCCAUGACUGAUCACAUAUUGGCUUACUGAAGCUGAAUGCCAAACUAAAAGUGGAGCUGAUGUGCAGUCCUGUUCUAUUGAAACCAUUUCACAGGUCCUCAUGUUUCAUUCUCGUCCCUUGAGCAAUACAUAAUUAACUACAAACAACAUACAAUACAUAUAUUUUAUAUUUAAAAGUUAUUUUAUUAUAUAUAAUAUAUAUGUUUUGUGAUCUGGUUCAAAACUGUUGUGUUGAGUUAUUAAAAGAAUAUAAGCACUGUGCUGUAUUACCGUAGGGCACAUGCAAUGUUUCAACUACCUAUAAUCGGUGGCAGCCCUUCCCCUCUCGACUGAAUGUACAUGUUGCCAUGACAACACAGUGUGCUGCAACCAAGACACUUUUAAGAUCGUAGCUUUCUCGGGGGAGACCUUCUCAUCAGAGCCAGUUAGGGUAGCUUUGAACGCUGAUGUUGAGAGUGCCAGGAUGACAGGGCUAGCCAUACUGCAGCACUGUACUUGCUAACCGAAAUGUCAGUGAAUGACAUGUCAUCAUUCAGAGAGCGAUAAGCGAAGGAGAGCACUGUUUACAGUUUAACACUGUGUUUUUACACCUUUUUUACAAGCUGCUCUGCUCUGCCAUAUAUUAGCUUCGGACAUGAUACUCAUAUUUGCUUAGCAAGUUUGCUUAAGCUGUACAAGUAGUAGCAACAAUAAACUGGUCAAAUGAGAGCAAAAUAGAGUUGCAGUUUUAUGCUUUUACUAGACAUAUCUGUUAAGUUAAAAAAAAAAAAAAAAAGAAAAAGAAAGAAAGCCAGAUCAAGUUUUACUUUGAGGAACUGUGAGGAAAAGACUGAUUAGCAAACCAGUCAGGUAGAUAUUUUGUUUAAUUUAGCUUUCACCAUUAGCCAAAAGCUAGCAUCUUUAUAGUGAUCGCUAUAAUUAACUGUGAAUAUUGCUAAGGGCAAUGCGUGUUGGCAGCAGGUCUGAGUCAACUAUGUUUAAUUUUAUUUAUUUUGUUUAUACACUAUUCAAAAUGCUGUUGUCUUUCAGAGUUUCUUUUUUUUCAUAUUACUGGAUUUUGUAAUUUUGUUGUCUUGACAAAGCUAUAAGCAUACUAUAACUACAAAAAAUCCCAACACCUUUCUGAAGUAAUCGGAGGAUGUUCAUGCUACAUCCAUCCAAUCCUUCAGGCUGUUCUGACCAGUGCUGGGGGUAACACAUUCGUGUUGCAAGUAAUGCAAGUUAUGUAAUCAGAUUACUUUUAAAAGUAACAAGUAAAGUAACACAUUACUUUUAAAUGUACAAGAAAAUAUCUGAGUUUUCUGUUGUUAAAAAAAAGAAAGAAAUCCAAGCCCAGGUGAC